AUGGUAGCGGUAGCAGUUGUAGUAAUUCUUGUCCUAGUUUGUAGUAGUUGUGGCAGUAAGGGUUGUAGUUGUGGGAGUGAUAGUGGUUGUGACCGUAGUCAUAGAAGCAGUGGUAGUAGUAGUAGCAAGAUCAAGAUCAAGAGCAAGAACAAGAGCAGGAGCAAGAGCGAGAUCAAGAGCAAGAACAAGAGCAAGAGAAGAUCGAGAGCAGAGCAAGAGCAGGAGCAAGAGCAGACAAGAGCAAGAUCAAGAGCAGGAGAAGAGCAAGAGCAAGACCAAGAGCAGAAGCAAGAGCAAGAGCAAGAUCAAGAGCAGGAGAAGAGCAAGAGAAGAUCGAGAGCAGAUCAAGAGCAGGAACAAGAGCAAGAUCAAGACAAGAACAAGAGUCAGAGAAGACAAGAACAGAGAAUCAGGCAAGCAAGAGCAGAUCAAGAUAAAAGAAAGAGAAGAGAAGAGCAGAUACAAGAUCAAAGAGACAAGAUCAGUUCAAGCAUGGAUAACGAGUCAAGACAAGACGUAGCAGCAGUCUAUCAGACAAGAUCAAUGACAGUAGAUGCAUAA